GUAGAAAAAUGGAGAGGCUGAUAUUAUGAGAGCAAAUCGGUAUUAAGAAAUCAGUGAUUUUUUACAUUUUGUGGCGUACUUUACUCAAAAGUUCAUCGUUAAAAUGGCAGCACCUUCUGUGAAGUUAAAUAAUGGCAGGGAAAUACCAGCUUUCGGGUUAGGAACGUGGAAAUCCAAACCUGGUGAAGUGACUCAAGCAGUUAAAGAUGCCAUCGAUGCUGGGUACAGGCACAUCGAUUGCGCUUACUACUAUGAAAACGAAACCGAAGUUGGUGCCGCCAUUAAAGAUAAAAUAGCCAGCGGAGUAGUCAAGAGAGAAGACCUUUUCAUCACCAGCAAACUUUGGAGCACGUUUCUGAAACCGGAUCUCGUAGAAGUUACUCUUAAAACUUCACUCAAAAAUUUGGGAUUGGAAUAUUUGGAUUUGUAUUUGAUUCACUGGCCGUGCGCCUUGAAGGAAGGAGGUGCUCUAUUGCCAAAACGUCCUGACGAUCCGGUUUUAUCCAUCUUCAGUAAUGUAGAUUAUAUCGACACCUGGAAAGCCAUGGAGGUAGUAGCCAAAAAAGGACUAACUAAAUCUAUUGGUGUCUCAAACUUCAGCAAAAGACAGCUGGAGAGAGUUCUAGAAAGUGCUACUAUUAAACCUGUUAACAACCAGAUUGAAUGCCAUCCAUACCUCAACCAAAAGAAACUAAUAGCCUUCUGUAAAUCUAAAAAUAUCGCUGUCACUGCCUACAGUCCUUUAGGGUCACCAGACAGGCCAUGGGCCAAACCUGACGACCCAGUUCUCACCGAAGACCCAAAAAUCAAAGAAUUGGCAGCCAAGUAUAAGAAAUCUAGUGCUCAAAUCAUUCUGAGGUACUUGUACCAAAACGGAGUUAUCCCAAUUCCCAAGUCUGUUACAAAGAGCAGAAUUCAAGAAAAUAUUAAGAUUUUCGACUUUGAGUUGUCGGCUCAAGAUGUCGCUGUUAUGGAUACAUUCGACUGUAAUGGAAGAGUUUGCUGGUUUGUAGAGGCUGUAGGACACCCCCACUACCCUUUCAACGAUGAAUACUAAGUUUUUUAUAAUUAAAAAAUUAAUAAAAUACGUCAACAAAACUGUAGUUUUUAUUUUGAUCAUCGUGUUUUACGAGUAACUAUAAAGGCAUGCUAAAAACAAAAACCUUUUUUUUAGUAAAUUACUUUUCUGCACAAAAAUUGCCUAGCAACAACAGUCGAUGUUUGGUGAUGUUAGUGGCCAUCUUUUUAUUUGUCUUUGUAAUUUGAGGUUGUAUUUGGAAGAGGUUAUUUGUAGAAUAUUUUCGAUUUUUUAAUAUUUUAAGACAUUAUUUUGUUUAUAAGUAAGUGGUGUAUGUUUUUUUUUUAUAAAUAACUAUACAGUGCGUACAAGAUUAAUUAGGUUAUCAGUAUAAAUAUAAAUAUGGGGGGUCCAUUAUUACUACAAAAUAAUAUAAUUAUAUAUAUUUUUUAAUUAGAACACAUUGUAUUUGUCAUAAAUAAAUGUACCUAAAUCUUGCACA